AUGACCGGGGGGCGUGUCCUCAGCUGUAACCUGCGAAGUAAUACAGAGAGCGGAGAAUCCCGGGAAGGGGCAGCAGAAAUGGCCAACCAGGCUCUUGGGAAUGAAAUGGUGAACGGAUACCUAGAUGUCUCUCAGUAUAGUCUGAUAAAUACAAAUGAAGCAGAGAUGCUGGAACAGAUUAAGCAGUUACUUGUAGAAAACAACAUACUGAAAGAAACCAUAAAGCAGAAAAGUCAGGAAAUGAAGGAGCGCCUCGAAGAGCUCUUAAAAAGGGAGGAGCAAGGACGGGGUGAGCCUGGAACUCCAGAAUUUAAACAUCGUGCAUUAGAUUUUAGUAAAGAAAAUGAAUUACUGAAGAGUGAAAUCCAGCAUUUAAAAGAGAAACAUCUGGAUACACAGAGUGAAGACGAAAACCUGAAACAGCUGAAGGCCCAGAUUGUUCGUCUUCAGGCAGAGAAGGCUGAUCUUCUUGGAAUUAUUUCUGAGCUACAAGUAAAACUUAACAGUUGUGCAUCUGAUGACUCAUUUGUUGAAAUCAGAUUUGCAGGAAAAGACACUAAAGAAGAGGUGACGGAGAGCAAGGCAGAGGAUGACACAUUACUUCCGGAAAUGCUUACAUACAGGACAACAUCCUCUAAGGAAGACAGCUGUGGAAAGGAAUCAGAAGAACUGGCAGUCAGCAGCAAAACUCCUUCAUAGCUUGCGUGAGGAAACUGAAAAGGUUGAUCAAUUGCAGAGAGAGCUAACAAGUGCAAAUGAGAAACUGUCAAAUUUAGAAAAGAAAUCCUCAAAUUACAUACAUAAAGAAACGGAAACGGAUCCAAUAGUGGAACAAACUGAUGAAGAUAGACAGGCUGCAGAACUUCUAUCUGGGGAAGUAGAGAUGCUAAAACAAAAGGUGGAUGUGCUCAACGGAGACCUUUAUGAGACAAAUGAGAAGUUAAAUGAGGCUCAAAUGAUUAAGAAUAAGCUGCAAGACAGAUGUUUGUCUCUUGAUGAGAAACUUGCAGAAAACAAGUUUGAUGUGGAUGAAAGACAGAAGCUUCUAUGUUCUGUCCAGACAUUGGAACUGCAAGUGGAGAGCUUGAACUCAGAAAUCAAAAUGGAGCAGAGCAAAACUGAAGAACAAAUGAGGCUGAUGUCGGUUCUGCAGGAAUCAUUUGACAAACAGAAAGUUGAGUACGAGCUGUUGAAAAAUGCAGAGGCUGAGAAAGUGCCCAAAGUCCAGUUGACAAAUUUAUUGGGAAAGCUGGAUACAUGUGAAAAAGCUCUGGCUAAAAAACAGCUAGAGAUCGAUGCGCUGAAGGAAGAAGCCAACAAACAUGGGGAAGAUGCUGAGACAAUAGCACUUCUCAAAGCUCAGAUUGAUGUCUACUGUUCCGAUUUUCAUGCGGAAAGAGAAGCCAGACAAAAUAUUCAUCAGGAAAAGGAGGACUUGGCAACACAGCUGGCACUCAUAUUGGAAGAAAACGAAUCCCUGAAGGGAAGGCAUUCAAUAGAGCAGCUUCAAAGACGCCAUGUGCCUUCAUCAGAAGGUCCCCACCGUGUGGCAAGAGGAGCAGAGAAUUUGGAGCAGCCAAGUCUAAAUGUACAUACAUGUCCUAAGUGUCAGCUGACGGUACCAGAUAUGGACACACUGCAGAUUCAUGUCAUGGAGUGCAUCACUUAA